GGCGAAUAAAACAAGUGACUACCGUCCUGGUCAUGAUAGACAAAGGCUAGCAGGAGCUUUUUCUGCGCGAGCGCUUGGAAGGAUGUCCAUGCCCCAGAACUUCUUUAACAUCAAAGAGCGUCGUGACAACGACGUCAGAUCGACAAAACCACAAGAGAGAGAACAAGAUGGUCCAUCUACAUCUCGUCUAGGAGGUUGCCAAUUCGAUUGGUCCCCUGAAAAUUGGCCCUUACCACCUCUCAAAACUUUUGACAAAGCGGGAAAAG